AUGGAAGUGGCCAGAUUCUCCAACGGAAUUCACAUCUGUCAGAGAAAAUAUGUGCUUGACAUCCUCAAAGAUUUUGGGUACUUAGAUUACAAACCUGUUAGCACGCCUAUGGAUUACACUUGUGCUUCCAAAUUGUCACGAGAUAGUAGCACUGCUCUAGCUUAUCACACUUCUUACCGGCAGCUCGUUGGAAGACUAUUAUACCUAACCAAUACACGGCUAGACAUUGUUUAUGCUAUAGGGCAACUUAACAAUGACCUCAAGCUCACUGGUUUUGCUGAUGCCGAUUGGACAACAUGUACAGAUACUCGAAAGUCUAUCACUGGCCACUGCUUCUAUCUUGGAAGUUCCUUAAUUAGUUGGAAGAGUAAGAAACAAAGCACCGUCGCUAGAUCCUCAUCCGAGGCAGAAUAUCGAGCCUUGGCAUUGGCUACUUGCCAAGCUCAAUGGAUAUCUUUCAUCAUGCAUGACCUUAGAUAG